AUGUCUUCACCAGCUGCCAAUGCCAACGAGCAUACACCGCUGCUUGAUGGCGAUGUUCCCAAUGUAUCGGUACCCGGGCAGCAGCCACCACCCGCACAGUCGGACGAUGAUGAUGAAGUCACCGUCGUGCAGGACGAAAUGUCCAAGACAAAACUUUAUUUCAUUCUGGGAACAUCAUAUGUGGGCGUCUUUUUGGGUGCAGUAGACGGUACAAUAUUCGCAACCCUCUCCGGGCAGAUUUCAAGCGAAUUUAAGUCGCUGAGUCUCAUGUCAUGGCUGGCAACCGCUUAUCUGAUCGCCAAUGCUGCCUUCCAGCCCAUCUCGGGCCGCAUGACCGAUCUUUUCGGCCGAGGGCCCGGCCUUGUCUUCAGCAACAUCAUGUUCGCAGCGGGCAACUUGAUCUGCGGCCUGGCGCAGACCGGUGAAAUCAUGAUCCUCGGCCGCGUGGUUGCCGGCAUCGGCGGCGGUGGGCUCAUGUCCAUCUCGACCUUCUUGGGGUCGGAUCUCAUCCCCCUGAGGCAGCGGGGCGUUUUCCAAGGUAUUGGAAAUGUCGCGUACGGCUCCGGCGCUAUGCUCGGUGGUGUCUUUGGCGGGAUCAUCAACGACAAGACGGCCUUGGGCUGGCGCCUUGCUUUCUUGGUCCAAGUUCCCGUUGUACUGAUCUCGGCUGCUCUCUGCUUUGCUCUGAUCCGAAUUCCGCCAAAGGUCUCCAACCGCUCGCUCAUCUCAAGGAUCGACUUUACUGGCGUCGCACUCACAAUCUCAUUUCUGGUACUUUUGCUACUGGGGCUGAACGCAGGAGGCAACCUGGUUCCGUGGUCGCACCCGCUUGUUCUGACCACCAUUCCAUUGUCGAUUGUUAUGUUUGUUGGGUUCAUCUGGUGGGAAUCCAGAACGCCGCAGCCCGUCAUACCAGUUCGCCUGCUCGUUGAUCGGACCAUACUCACAGCAUGCUUCACCAACCUCUUCUGCUCCAUGGCAAUCUUCAUGGUCAUUUUCUAUAUUCCUCUCUACCUGCAAGUUCUCGGCUACACAACCUCCGAUGCAGGGCUACGAUUGAUCGGCACACCCAUAGGGACGGCCAUAUCGUCCGUCGCGGGCGGCUACGCCAUGAAGAAAACCGGCAAGUACGUCGGGUUGGGCAUAGCCGUGCUGCUGAUCAAGACCGUUGGGCUAGGGGUGAUUUGCACGCUGGGGAGGGACUCGGGCAGCUGGACGCCCAUGGCCGGCCUCUUUCUAGUCGGAACGGGCUACGGCGCCAUGCUGACCAUCACCAUGGUGGCGUGCGUGGCCGCGGUCGACCACUCGCAGCAGGCGGUGGUGACCUCGGCCACCUACGCCUUUCGCUCUAUCGGCUCGACCCUUGGCAUCACCAUCGCGUCGGCCAUCUACCAGAACGAGCUGCGCAGGGGACUGUGGCAGCGCUUUGGCCACCUGCCGGGUGCGGCCGAGGAGAUUGCGCGCAUCAGGGACGACCUCGGGGAGCUUAAGAGGUUGCCGGACGGCUGGAAGGAUGGCGUUAUUGACUCCUUCAUGGAGGGGUUCUCCGGCGUUUGGUAUAUGGCACUCAGUCUGGGUCUGCUGGCGCUUGUGUGCAUCUCGCUCAUGAGGCAGCAUACCCUGCAUGACACGCUGACUCGGAAGUGA